GCUGCUUGUAACUCUCAUUCCUACCUCCGCUUACAAUUAAGCUACGAAACAACAAAAAACACGACAUUGUCGACGUAGAGACGCCAAAUUGAUAUUUCUUUAGGUCUAACAGGAUUUUUUUCCAGUUCGAACUGCUGCCGCAAUGGCGUCUGCCAGAGCACUAGCUCGGCUUGCGCCGCAGCAAGCACGUCUGUCGCAGGUCGUGCAGCCUGCCAUCCGCCUCCAGUCCCAGUAUCGAUUCAUGUCUAUGAGGACACGACGUCCCGUAUACAGCACACCUGCUUCAGUACAGAGUCAAUUGCAGAUCCAACGCAGGCUCGAGUCAACAGAAGCUCCUGCGGUCACUCUCUCGCCGCAACAACCCCCAAAGAAGAAGUUCAGGAAACUGCGCUUCCUGUGGCGUCUUAUCCAGCUAUCUCUGAUCGGUGGCCUGGGCUACACGGCCUACUCAAUCUACCAGGAGAGGCAUCCCGCCGAGCCCGCAGACCCGGACCCAAACAGGAAAACAUUGGUGAUUCUCGGUACGGGAUGGGGUUCCGUCUCCCUGAUGAAGAACCUCGACGUCGAGAACUACAACGUCAUCGUAAUCUCACCGCGCAACUACUUUCUUUUCACGCCUCUGCUGCCGUCAUGUACUACUGGCACGAUCGAGCACCGCUCCAUUAUGGAGCCGGUGAGGACCAUCCUGCGCAACAAGAAGGCCAAGGUCAAGUACUAUGAGGCUGAGGCCAGCAGCAUUGACCCUGACCGCAAGGUCGUCAAGAUCUUUGACACGUCAGAAGUCAAGGGAGACAUGGCUGAGACCGAGGUGCCCUACGACAUGCUGGUUGUUGGUGUCGGUGCAGAGAACGCCACUUUCGGCAUCCCCGGCGUGCGCGAGCACUCUUGCUUCCUCAAGGAGAUUGGUGAUGCGCAGUUGAUCCGUAAGAAGAUCAUGGACUGCGUCGAGACGGCCGCCUUCAAGGACCAGACUCCUGAGGAGAUCGACCGCCUGCUGAGCGUCGUCGUCGUCGGUGGAGGGCCCACUGGUGUCGAAUUCGCCGGCGAGCUUGCCGACUUUUUCGAGGAGGACAUCAAGAAGCUGAUCCCCGAGAUCAGUGACCGAUUCAAGGUCACCCUGGUCGAGGCUCUGCCUAGCGUUCUCCCCAGUUUCUCCAAGCAGCUGAUCGAGUACACCGAGAGCACGCUCAAGGAGGAGAAGAUCAACAUCGAGACCAAGACCAUGGUCCAGAAGGUGACAGACAAGUCGGUCGAGGCCACCACCACCCGCCCCGACGGUACCAAGGAGAAGCGCGUCAUGCCCUACGGUCUUCUCGUCUGGGCGACGGGCAACGCCGUCCGCCCUCUGGUCAAGGAUCUCUGCUCCAGGAUCCCUGCGCAGAAAGACUCGCGCCGCGGUCUCGCCGUUAACGAGUACCUUGUCGUGCAGGGUGCUCGCGACAUCUGGGCCAUCGGCGACUGUGCCGUAGCUGGAUACGGGCCCACCGCUCAGGUGGCCUCGCAAGAAGGUGCAUUCCUGGCCCGUCUUUUCAACAACAUGGCCAUGACGGAGGCGCUCGAGAACAAGAUUCAAGAGCUCAGCUCGUCGCUUAAUGUGAAGCAGGCGGAUAGGGCGCCGGCUGAGGUUAGCGCCGAGAUUGCCGAGUACGAGCGAAAGCUGCGCCGUAUCAAGGACAUUAGGCCAUUCAAGUACUCGCACCAGGGUUCUCUGGCCUACAUUGGUUCCGACAAGGCAGUCGCCGACAUCAGCUGGCUGGAUGGUAACUUUGCCACUGGUGGCAGGCUGACAUACCUGUUCUGGAGGAGCGCCUACCUUUCUAUGUGCUUCAGUGCACGCAACCGUAUCCUUGUUAUUAACGACUGGGUCAAGUCCAAGAUCUUUGGCCGUGACGUAUCACGAGAGUAAACGACAGACGACCUGGAUAAGAUAAAAAUAACUUCCUGAGCAUUCUCGGGCCACAUUCGUUUCUCAAGACGUAAAUGCAGAGCGGUUCACCAUUUAUUCUGUGGAGCAGAGCAACGCAAAGACUGACUCUCAUAGUUUCCUUCCAUCUCUGAUUUCUUAUGUUUCUGUUUUCCCACUGUACUACUUGUGUUGCUUCAGGCGGCGUUUUGCGCAUUCUAUAGCGGUUCCCUGAUGUAGCUGCACUCUGAAUUUCAAAUAGAUCGGGACCAUGGGUCAGGGAUAAUGGAAAGAAUAGACGAUGCAAAUUUUGAAUACUCUUUUUUUUGUUUUUUUUGUUUUUUUUUUGUAUUCUGUUCAGAGAACCAACAAGGAAUUAUACAUUUGCAGAUUUGACAGACG